AGGGGCGCGAUGGCUGCGUGGCGCGAGCGGCUGGCUGGCGUGCGCGGGGUGCUGCUGGACAUCUCGGGGGUGCUGUACGAUGGCGGCGAGGGCGGCGGCACGCCCAUCGCCGGCUCCGUGGAGGCGGUGGCGAGGCUGAAAAGGUCCGGGUUGAAGGUACGCUUCUGCACCAACGAGUCCCAGAAGUCACGGCGGGAGCUGGUGCAGCUGCUACGCAGGCUGGGCUUCCACCUCUCGGAGGGCGAGGUGACCGCUCCGGCCCCGGCCGCCUGCCAGCUGCUGAGGGCAAGAGGCCUGCGGCCACACCUGCUCGUCCACGAUGGCCUCCGCUCGGAAUUCCACCAGGUGGACACGUCCAACCCCAACUGCGUGGUGAUUGCAGACGCCGCCGAGGGCUUUUCCUUCCAGAACAUGAAUAAAGCCUUCCAGGUGCUGAUGGAGCUGGAGACACCAGUGCUCAUCUCCCUGGGGAAGGGACGCUACUACAAAGAGGCGGCUGGCCUGAUGCUGGACGUGGGCGCCUACACAAAGGCCCUUGAGUAUGCCUGUGGCAUCGAAGCCGAGGUGGUGGGGAAGCCUUCGCCCGAGUUCUUCAAGUCUGCCCUGCAGGAGUUGGGGGUGGACGCUCACCAGGCCGUCAUGAUCGGAGACGACAUCGUGGGCGACGUGGGCGGGGCCCAGCGCUGCGGGAUGCGGGCACUGCAGGUUCGGACCGGGAAGUUUAGGCCCAGUGAUGAGAACCACCCCGAAGUGCGGGCCGACGGCUAUGUGGCCAACCUGGCAGAGGCUGUGGACCUGCUGCUGCAGCACGCUCAGCCCUGAGCCCCCGCCCAGCGGACAGCCUGCCCCCCAGCACAGGCUGCUACUGCCCUAGGCACCUGUUCCACACCUGAGCUGCCCCCCGAGAUGGCAGAGGAUGGAGGCACACCCCAGACUUCAGUCUUAAGACCCUUGCCGACCCCCCCUGGUCAGGCCCUCCAAACAACCUGGCCCAGUGACUUAGGAGCACCCCUGGGGGCUGCUGGGAGACCCACCCACCAGAAGGUAGCCCCACCCCCACAAGUGAGUACCUCUCUCUGCUCUCCCGUCCACCCCUCUGUCCCCUGCCCCCCCACCCCAUACCCCCAGUGAGACCCAGCUCUCAGCCCGACCCCCAACCCCAGCCCCUCAUCUCCAGACCCAGCCUCCCAGGGGUGCCUUGUGACCAGUGGAUGCCCAGCAGGAGACUCCUGGCUCAAUAAACAUCACCUCUCCACA